CUAUUUUUGUUUAAAUAGCCCUUUUUUAUCUUUUUUCUCUUUCUUUUCUUUGUCUUUUUCGAAUGAACUUUAACAAACAAGUGAUUGAUAUGCAAUUCAUUUUUUUGUUAUUAUCACCAUAAACAUUCUUACAUAUCUUUGCUAUUUAAAUAACUAUUAACACACAUACACACAUACACUAAAUAUUCAAUCAUGGUUGCUACAUCUAAUGUUGCUUUGCAUCAAAAAAGACCUUGUCACCAUGGACACCACUCCAAGCAUGUAAAUACACCCCUCAGCCAUACACUUUCUUUGAUUGAACACCCAUCUUCCCCUAUUCGAUUCUUAAUUUUAGACUGUCCUACAGAAUCCACAUUAUCAUUUUAUAUGGAAGAAUUCAAGAACUUAGAUGUUUCUACUGUUGUUCGUUGCUGCCAACCUACCUAUAGUUCAGAAGCACUACUUCAAAAUGGCAUUUCUGUUGUAGAUUUGCCUUUUAAAGAUGGAGGCAUACCUCCUCCACACGUUGUACAUGAAUGGCUUCAUGUGAUUGAAGAAGCCAAGACGAAAUCAGUCCAAUACCAACAAUCACUCACGAUUGCUGUUCAUUGUGUAGCUGGACUAGGUAGAGCACCUGUACUUGUAGCUAUUGCUUUGAUCGAACUUGGUAUGGCUCCCUUAGAUGCCAUUGAAUACAUUCGAGACAAGCGACGAGGUGCAUUUAAUAAACCCCAAAUUGCAUUCUUGGAUGGCUAUAGACGUAAGCCUACAGGAAGUCAGUAUUCUCUCCGAGUAUCAUUGGGUAGAAUGUUUGGGUUUGGGCCAAAGACAACCAUUGUUUCUCAACAAACUUAAUUUAUUCAACGUCAUAAUAAUCAACAUGGCUACCAGAUUCGAAUUCGUUCUUUUCCAGCAGUUGGCAUAACUUGUUGGCUGAAUCUUGCAUUUGUACCAAUUUACC